AUGAUGCAAUGUGUCAAGUCGCGAAAGUCUGCCUACAAGGCUACAAACGCGCUCUUCAACAACGCCUUACGGCAAUCGACAUCGAUACGAAAAGACUUGGACCAGUUUGCCGACUCAGCCUCGCCAUCACCACAUCUUCAAGCCCAACUAAACGCGUCCCUAGCCACAUUUGCGCGCACUAUCGACGACUAUGGCAAGCUUGCAAAGCAAGAGCCUGUACAGACCAAAGCAGAAAAGGCACACGAGAGGUUAAAGAACUUCAGGGCUGAACUCGAAGAGUACCGGACAAACUUCAAGCGCAUAAAAGGUGUAAACGAGGAGAUCCAAACCACAGAAGCGCGUACAGAACUGCUAGGCCGUCGCCCACACAACACAGCCACCCCCGAAAACCCCUAUGCCCAACCAAAUCUCUCAGCCCAACAUUCGGCGUUCGCACCUUCCCAACCCUACAACCCCAACGCUCCCUACCGACCGAACCCCUAUUCUGCUGGCGCACCAGCGGGUGGCGACUACGACCGCGAGGGUCAUGUGCUGAGGGAAAACACCUUUUUCAACAAGACGUCAGAGCAGUUGGAUGAGUUCUUAGACAGAGGACGGACGGUCCUCGGCGAUCUGGGACAACAGAGGGAAAUGCUCAAAGGGACACAGAGGCGGCUAUAUACUGUCGCGAAUACCUUGGGUAUUAGUGGCGACACGAUACGCAUGGUUGAAAGGAGAGCGAAACAAGACAAGUGGAUAUUUUGGGGUGGAGUCGUCGUCUUCUUCCUGUUCUGCUGGCUGGUUAUUCACUACUUGAGGUGA